AUGUUCGUAAACGUCGAUAAUGACGAAGACAGUCUUUUUAUUCAACCCCUGGACGAAAUUGUAGAUAUCAUUGAACAUGAACAAGUCAAUCUAGAAUAUCAAAAUAAUCGUCCUGAAAAUCCAGACGAAACUGUACAUUCAAAUACGGACCAACACCCCAUUCAGACAAUUCCUAUAGUUGAUUACGCAGUUAAUCAGGGAAAUAAUCAGAUUAUCAUAAGUACAGUAAAACAUUCACCUGCACCACCAAAAAUUUCUAUUUUAUUUGAAAGCAAGCAACGAAUUAACGUACAAUUUUCAGAAAAUGAUUUUGACGAUGAUGUAUUUAAAUUUAUUCGAGAUUAUAUUGCUCCUAACGUCAUUUAUCACUUAUACUUUGAAAAUCCAGAUAUAUAUGAAAAAUUUUCUGUUGUUCUACAAAGGAUGUUUAAGUCCGAUGCUUUGAAAUUUAAAAUGUGUAGAACCAAAUUAGUCGACGUUACAGAUAAAACUGAUAUCAAGGACAUUAUUCGGAAUUACCACGAAAGCAAGUCGAAUCAUCGUGGAAUUGAGGAGACGCAUCAGAGAAUAAAAGAAAAAUAUUUUUGGCCUAACUUGAAAAAAUCAAUCCAAACAUUUAUAAAUGAAUGUGAAAUUUGUCAACAAUGUAAAUAUGAGCGUCAUCCGAUAAAAAUUGCGAUGAAUCUCACCCCCACUGCAUCAAAACCUUUUGAAAUCGUACAUAUCGAUACUUUCACUUUUGAAGGUUCAAAAUUUCUCACAAUUAUAGACAGUUUUUCUAAAUAUGCUCAAGCAUAUCAGAUUACUUCGCUUUCAGGAACUGAAAUUGCUGAUAAUCUGAUAUUAUUCUUUUCUCAUCAUGGAAUUCCUACCCGAAUUAUCGCAGAUAAUGGUACUGAAUUCAAAAAUACCGUUGUAACUGAACUUUUGUCACUUCACAAAAUUAAGCUUCAUUUUAUUUCGCCAAAUCAUCCAGAUUCUAAUGGAGUCGUUGAACGAUUUCAUUCAACUAUCACUGAACAUUUAAGAUUGUUGAACACAGAAGGCUUUCAGAAAACCCCUAUAAAAAUGAAAAUGUUGUAUGCCGUUUUAGCCUACAACCACACCUUACAUUCUGUAACAAAAUUAAAGCCUAUAGAUAUAAUCAAUGGACAUAUUACGUCGAAUGAACCAUUCGAUAUCAAAAUCGACCAAUUACUCCUCAAUGACUAUACCAACAGCCACAAAGAGCGUACAAAAUUAUUGUAUUCAAAAAUAAAUUCUGAUCUCAUUCAAAACAAAGAAAAGACGCUAGAACGCAUUAACAGAGAUUGCGAUAGUUCCCAGGAAUCAUAGGAAUCCAUGGUACGAUAACGUUGAAGAAUUUAGAAAAUAACCUAG